CUCUUUUCCGUUUCCCUAAAGCUAAAUUCCCUUCUCGUGCUCCACUUCGUUUGCCCCUUUGCUGUUGUUUCUCCCCUCUACAUCCUUCUUCAUGGACCAUUCUCUUCUUAUACUUGACCCAAUCGGCAUCCAUUGUCCUACCGGGGCGGCCAUUGUCCAUGAACUGGAGCAGAAGACUUCGCCUUCGUGCCAUGGCGUAGUUAACCCAAGUGCCUUGCCAACGUGGAACCAGCAAUGGCGCUUCAAGCUCCAGCAGCUCCAGCUCGUGCGCUCCUGCUCCUGCUAGCCUUCGCGGUCUCUGCCUCCAGCUCCACCCACAGCCACAGCCACUUGGUUUCUGCACCAGCGCCGGUGCCGGAGACUGAGACGACGACAGGAUCAUCAUCAUCGGAUGGCUGCGGGUGCGGGCCAACGCCGCCGCCAUGGGACUUCGAGAACCAGAAGCUCACAGCGCUCUACAGCGUGAUCCAAACCUUCAAGCGAACAAUCACAAGCGACCCUCUCGGGGUCACCUCAACCUGGGUGGGCACCAAGAUCUGCGACAGCGCCGACAACGGCACGGCCUACAAGGGCUUCUUCUGCGACCACCCUCCCGACAGCCCCCCCGGCACGCGCACCGUGGCCUCCAUCGACUUCAACGGCUUCCACCUCCGGGCACCCACACUCGCCGGCUUCAUCGACGCCUUCCCGGACCUCGCCUUGUUCCACGCAAACUCCAACUCCUUCUCCGGCAACGUCCCGGACCUCACGGGUUUACCAUACUUCUACGAGCUCGACCUCUCCAACAACGCCUUCUCGGGAUCCUUCCCGGACACCGUGGUGCCACUCGGCAACCUCCUCUUCCUCGACCUCCGCUUCAACGGCUUCUCCGGCUCCGUGCCGGCACCCGUCUUCGCGCUCUCCGUAGAAGCGCUCUUCCUCAACAACAAUGGGUUUUCCGGAGACAUCCCGGACUCGGCAUUCGGGUCAACCACGGCAGAGUACCUCGUCGUGGCCAACAACCAGUUCACCGGCCCGAUCCCGCGCUCCAUCUUCAACGUCUCCGGGACGCUCUCCGAAGUGCUUUUCCUCAAUAACAGGUUCUCCGGGUGUCUCCCUUACGAGAUCGGGCUCGUGGAAGGGCUGACGGUGUUCGACGCCGGGGGUAACGAGAUCAAGGGCCCGAUACCGUUGUCUUUCGGGUGUUUGAGUGAUGUGGAGCAGCUUAACCUUGCCGGGAACCAGCUCUACGGGCACGUCCCAGACGUGCUCUGCGCGUUGGCUAAGACGGGCAAGCUGGGGAACUUGUCUUUGAGCGACAAUUACUUUCAUUCUGUUGGGCGUCUGUGCAUGGAGCUGGUGAGGAGCCGGGUGCUGGAUGUGAAGAAGAACUGUAUCCUUGGGUUCCCCCGGCAGCGGCCGGCCAUGGAGUGCGCCGCGUUUUAUGCCGAUCCGAGCAAGCACUGCCCGUUUAUCCCGCAUAUCCCGUGUGACCUUCCCGGGUUCAGGCCGCCGGCUUUUGCGCCGCCGUCAAAGGCGUUGCCGGCGACUAAGACGACGGGCCAUGGCGGCGGCGGUGGGAAUUAACUGACGAUUUCUGGCGUGGUGGGGAUAUAUGCGUGUGCAUUGUCACGUGAAGUGCACAGGAAUAGGAAGCGGCAAAUGGACUCUCGUUUGGUGGUUUCAAUUUUGUCAGUGAUUUCGCUGUUAUGAAUUGCCGAAUAAGGUGUUGUGUGACAGUAGACUGAUCGGAGUCAAAUAACUGCCUGCCUUACCAAUUAGCGUCUGUAUGACAGUGAUUGUGGACAAACUCUUCACAUUGCCUUCGAAUUGAACUAUGGUGGGUUUACUCUCCUGCCUGGAUAAUCAAAUUGCAAGAUUUCUGCAACCAA